UCUAAAGAAACAACUGUUCUGAAAUCCCUCUGUGCUUUUUCUUUGGAAAGAUUAGCGGAAGUGUGGGACGGCUCGGACUGCGGCUGUCUUGACGGAUGUUGCGUCACUGCUGCUUUAAAGCAACCAGACUCGAGCCGAUCCGAGCAGAGCAAGGCCACAAACCGCAGACCAGAUGGACCACCUCAGAACCUGAAAACCAGGGCUGAAAACCGGAAUAAAACCUGGAUUAAAGACCUGGAUUCAACACGGAAACUCCCGGGACGAAAACUGGAGUAAACCCCGAGCCUCGGAGCAUUUAAACCGGAGUGAGGACGCUUCAGUAACCGGGUCCUGCUCUUCCAAAAUGGCCGACGCCGAGGUCUCCCUGUCCCCGGCCUUGAGGCCGCUCCACCUUAGCCCCUCCCACUCUGCCCCGCCCCCUCCACCACCUUCCUCCUCCCCCACCACCUUCUCCUGCCCCUCUUCCCCCUCUAGUGCCUCCUCUUCUUCUUCUUCUUCCUCCUCUUCCUCCUGCUCUGAGAGCUCCUCCGACUGCCCCAACCACCAUCACCAUCAUCAUCAACACCAUCACCAUCACCCCCGCCCUCAGCUGCAGCUGCCCCCGCCCUCCCACAGCGAGCAGCCAUCCUCUCCCAGCGCCAGCCCCCGCAGCUCCAGCCCCAGCGGGAGCAUCGGCAGCUCCGGCAGCCUCGGCAGCAGCAGUAGCGCCAGCGAGGGCAUCGGCAGCAGCGGCAUGUCGAGCGGCGGCGACCCGCGAGGGCCGAGUCCGCCGCUAGAUGUCAUCUCAGAGGACGCCAUGGAGAUGGACCUGGGAGUCGACCAAGUGAUCGACCCUGAAGUCGCUCUGAAGGCUUGUCAAGAAGUUCUUCUCAAAGUCAAGCUGCAGAACAGAGAAGUGCCUGAACAGCAGCAGCUUGACAACAAACAACAACAACAGGACGAUCAACAACAACAACACCAACACAACACAGACUCAACAGAGCGCACCAGUCCUCAGUGGCACAUCAACCCAGACACCAGCUCCAUCAAAGAGGAAGAUGAGGAGGAGGAGGAGGAGGAGGAGGGUAGCUCUGAGAAAGAGGCACAAAAACAAGGCUGUACCUCCCAGCAAACCACACCUCCUUCUGCUCGGCCGGAGUCGUCAUUCCUGCCAUCAGCAGCAGCAGCAUCGUCAUCUAAACAGUCGUGGCUGCUGCGCCUUUUUGAGUCCAAGCUGUUUGACGUUUCCAUGGCGAUCUCCUACCUGUACAAGUCCAAGGAGCCGGGCGUGCAGGCAUACAUCGGGAACCGACUCUUCAGCUUCCCCGACAGCGAGGUGGACUUCUACCUGCCACAGCUGCUCAACAUGUACGUGCACAUGGACACGGAGGUGGGAGACGCCAUCAGACCGUACCUGAUCCAUCGCUGCAGAGGCAGUAUCACCUUCUCUCUGCUGACCGCCUGGCUGUUGGGCGCCUACUCCUCCGACAUGCACAUCUCCACCCAGCGUCACUCCAGGGGCACCAAACUCCGAAAGCUCAUCCUGUCCGACGAACUCAAACCUUCUGCUCCUUCGUCCGACGCUCCCAGACCAAUGUCGGCUUCUGUCUCCGAAAGCCCGGUGUCGUCGCCGUCCCACCGCCGCUGUCACCGCAGGCACAACAGCAGUAACGUGGAGGCGUCCAUCUCCCCAGACAACCCUGCAGCCAGGGAGGAGGAGGUCUUUGUUUCCCCGUCCAGGAGGACCCACCAGAGAUCCAAGUCAGACGCCACCACGGCGAGCAGUGGGCCCGGCACCGGCCUCCGACGGACCGGCAGUAACCCAAAGGUGGAGGCGGUUCACGAGGAGCCGGAGCGUCUCCGUCCUCAGCGGGAGUUUGUCAAGUCUCUGCUGUGCAUCGGGAAACGUUUGGCAACGCUGCCCACCAAAGAGCAGAAGACCCAGCGGCUGAUCUCAGAGCUGUUGCUGCUCAACCACAAGCUGCCGGCCCGAGUGUGGCUGCCCACCGCCGAACACCAGCACCACGUCUGCAGGAUCCCGCACACCCAGGCCGUGGUCCUGAACUCCAAAGACAAGGCUCCAUACAUCAUCUAUGUGGAGGUUUUGGAGUGUGAGAGCUUCGAGACGUCCCAUGUUCCUGUCCGGAUCCCAGAGACCAGGAUCCGCUCGGCUCGUUCUGCAGAGAACCUGGACUGCGGCGGCGCCGCGACUAACACUAACGGGAUGACAUCAGAGCACAGGGCGGGAAGUUUCUCCACCGUCCCAAACUAUGACAAUGACGACGAGGCGUGGGCCACAGAUGAUAUUGGACAGCUGCAGGUGGAGGCGGAGGCUCAGACCAGCAGCAGUGAUAACAUCAGUCAGUUUUCAGUCGACAGCAUCACAAGUCUGGAGAGCAAAGAGCCGGUUUUCAUCGCUGCCGGAGACAUCAGACGUCGUCUGUCGGAGAACCUCGCUCACACUCCAACUUCAUUCAGGAGAGACCCCGAGGACCCAUCAGCUGUCGCCCUCAAAGAACCCUGGGAGGAGAAAGUCAGGCGGAUCAGGGAAGGCUCUCCGUACGGUCACCUACCAAACUGGAGGUUACUGUCGGUCAUUGUGAAGUGUGGAGACGACCUGAGACAGGAGCUGCUGGCCUAUCAGGUCCUCCGACAGCUGCAGUCGAUCUGGCAGCAGGAGCGAGUUCCCCUGUGGAUCAAACCUUACAAGAUCCUGGUGAUGUCAUCAGACAGCGGGAUGAUCGAACCCGUCCUCAACGCCGUUUCUCUGCACCAGGUGCGUAAACAGAGUCAGCUGUCUCUGCUCGACUACUUCCUGCAGGAACACGGCAGCUACACCACCGAGGCCUUCCUCACCGCUCAGAGGAACUUCGUCCAGAGCUGCGCCGGGUACAGCCUCAUCUGUUACCUGCUGCAAGUCAAAGACAGACAUAACGGGAACAUCCUGCUGGACUCUGAAGGCCACAUCAUCCACAUCGACUUUGGCUUCAUCCUCUCCAGCUCUCCUCGAAACCUUGGCUUCGAGACAUCCGCCUUCAAACUCACAUCAGAGUUCGUCGAUGUGAUGGGCGGCCUGGAGGGAGACAUGUUCAUCUAUUAUAAGAUGCUGAUGCUUCAGGGUUUAAUCGCUGCCAGGAAACACAUGGAGAAGGUGCUGCAGAUAGUGGAGAUAAUGCAACAAGGUUCCCACCUUCCCUGCUUCCACGGCUCCAGCACCAUCCGCGGCCUGAAGGAGCGUUUCCACAUGUCUCUGACCGAGGAGCAGCUGCAGCUGCUGGUGGAGCAGCUGGUGGACGGGUCCAUGCGCUCCAUCACCACCAAACUCUACGACUCCUUUCAGUACGUCACCAACGGCAUCAUGUGACCGGAGACGACAUUUGAACCACCGACUGAAUCCAACAGAGACCUCCUCACACACUUCAAAGCAAACGGAAGCAGAAUCUGAACGCGGAGCUGAGGAGAUUCACUGGAUGUGAUUUUCUCGUCCGUCUCCAUCUCUGGAGUUACUCAUUGAUUUUUCUUUUUUCCAAAUACAAGAUUUCAGUGACGUUCAUGUGCAGCUGGGAAACUACAGCACUAAACAGACUGGAUCAGGUGGGCUGCAGAGUUCAGGAUCCUGGUUUAUGGUGUUGCUGCCUCAGACAAAUUUCAUUCACUAACAGACUUUUACUGGAUUUUACUCUGAACCAGCAUCAACCAACGUUCAGAUCACAGAGGAGCAGGAGGGGAAACAUGAAGCUGUCUGUCUGUUUGGAUCAGUUCUCAAGGUAAACUGUUGCUGAAAUGAUGAAAGAGAUUAGUACAAAUCAUGCAGUUACAGUUUUACGUGACCUAACGUGGUCUGAUGAUCAGAUGAAAACAUUUCAGUUUCUCUUCUCUUGUAUUAAUUGGACACUACAUCUUGUAAGAACAGGAUCUUUUCUGCAUCUUUGUUCUAGUUUCCUGCAGAUUCAUGAACAAAGAUCUUUUCAUCACAUUUAUAAAAAAAAACAUCUUUGUCACUUUCAUCUUUAAGCUCCUGUACAUCUGAGGUCUGGUCUCGUUAGACCAGAUAAAGCUUGUUUAAUUAUGAGAUCCAUUUUGAGAUCCAUGUUUACUCUGUUCACUUCAGUGAAUGAAUUGUAGUAGGCACUAAUGAACAGACUGCAAGUCAGCCCAGUAUUUGAGUCUGUUAAAACUCAAACUGACUGAGAUUAAAGUUUGACAGCAGCUUGUUUCAGCUGAUCCUCUCCUGCUUUCGUCUGACUGAAACCAAAACAUGGUUCCAACUCUACUGCACCACAAACACCAGCAGGACAUUCUCCUUCUGAUGAACGGAGAACAUCUGUGAACAUCUGUGAUGGUC